CAGCGCGUGUAGUUCAGGAGCGCAGGUUGAAGUUGGGUGUACCACGUGCCACGCGCCGCGCGCUCAGCAGACCAUUGGCUCGGUCUGUCUCAACAGUGGAGCGCGAGAUACGCCACAGACUCAGUGCGCGACUAACCCGAGACAACACGGAGCGAGUGGAACCGAGAGGAAAGAGAAGAGAGAGAAUUAAGAGGAGGAAGAAUAAAGUGGAGGAGGAAGAACUGUGGUUUCAUCUACGAGUCUUCUUCGUGAAGCUCUCCUUUCUGCCGGCGGCGCCCCCCUGCUGUUGAGGCUGUGGUAUGAGCAUAUGUGGCAGGAAGGUGCUGACGUUGCUGAGCAGCGUGUUCGCUGUUAGCGCCCUGGGCCUGCUGGGGAUCGCCGUGAGCACCGACUACUGGCUGUACCUGGAGGAGGGCGUCAUUCUCCCCCUCAACCAGAGCACCGAGAUACGCAUGUCCCUGCACUCUGGUCUCUGGAGGGUUUGCUUCCUGGUUGGGGAGGAGAAAGGUCGAUGUUUUACCAUCGAGUAUGUGAUGCCCACCAAUGUCCAGAUGACAUCUGAGUCCACUGUUAGUGUUCUCAAGAUGAUCCGCUCUGCCACACCUUUCCCUCUGGUCAGCCUCUUCUUCAUGUUCAUCGGUUUUGUGCUCAGCAACAUCGGCCACAUCCGACCUCAUCGCACCAUCUUGGCCUUUGUUUCUGGAAUCUUCUUUAUCCUGUCAGGUCUGUCUCUGGUCGUUGGUCUGGUCCUGUACAUCUCCAACAUUAAUGACGAGAUGUUGAACAGGACCAAAACCAAUGAUGCCUACUUCAGCUACAAGUACGGCUGGUCGUUCGCCUUUGCUGCCAUCUCCUUCCUGCUCACUGAGGGGGCCGGAGUCAUGUCGGUGUAUCUGUUCAUGAAGCGCUACACAGCGGAGGAAAUGUACCGGCCCCAUCAGGGCUUCUACCGGCCCCGACUCAGCAACUGCUCCAAUUACUCCGGCCAGUUCCUCCACCCAGACGCCUGGGCCGGUCGAGGCCGCAGUGCCUCCUCCAUCUCCUCCGAGGCCUCCCUCCAGAUGAACACCUCCAACUACCCUGCCCUCCUCAAGUGUCCGGACUACGAACAAAUGUCCUCCUCACCGUGCUGAGGCGGUGGUGUCAGCACCUUUGGCGUCAAUUUGAUCUGCCUGGAUUUUGUCCAAUGAUUUGAUAUUAUCCAGCUUGAAUCACUACUAGUCCCUUCUGCAAGUGUCCUGACUAUGACCUGAUUCUCUGUCUACCCUCACCACUGCUGAUUUGUUUUGGUCACACCUUUUAGUUCUGUGGGGAGUUCAAGUUAAGUUGAAGGUUUGCCAGUUCCCUUUAUUCACAGCUGACGGGUCUUAUUCCAGGGAGAGCUGGGUCAGAAAGGAAAGAGUUUGACAAGAUUGUACUUUUAUCUGUUUUUUCUCUAGUCGACUGUUACUUGACGAACUGACUAAAGCCGGGUGACGUUAUCUGAGAGGAGUAACUCGCGUAGCUUCAACAUGCAGUGAGCAAUUUGACUGUUACACGCUACAGGAUUACACGCUUCACAUCUGCAGACAUGGAGAGUUUAGAAUAUAGAUUAUAGCUGCGACAGACGGCCAUGUGCAAUGGGUGUGCACAUUUUAAACUCAAACGGUAUAAUAGGUUGUAUCAGUCAGGAAGCAGAAACGUAUCUCUGGAGUAGAGGAGCCUUUUAAAGGAGGUUCAAAUUAAGUUGGAAAAGUAUUGCACAUGUGCACCAGCAGGUUUAUCUCACAUCCUCAGUUGCCACUAUUUAAGAGCAGCUCUUUGUUGUUGUAAUAUAACGUCGGUUUUCUCAUGUGCACCACAACAGUUUCAGCCAUGUUCACUUGAAGUCAGGAGCCAGAGCUCAGCUUUUUUCCAUGUUUCAGUGCAGAGCUUAAUGAUACACAUGAUGAAUGUGAGUUUAAUAGGAUCAUUUUAUUUGACGUGCAAUUUAAUAAAAAACAAACAGACUGACUGGGGUAACAUGACGGGAGAGUUGGGUUAAUAACAGAACAGUUUGAACUUCCAUGUGAACCUCACCUCUUUCUGAACUUUCAGCCGUGUUCAUUUACCAAAGGGAGGGUUUGUAUUAUAGGCUGCUAGUCAUAUACAUAUGACAUAUUUUCUGUUUAAACUGCCUAAAUCUGAAUAUGCUAAUGGUUGUGUGAAUUUUUUAAGUAUAUUGUUGUAUAGUUUGUAAAGUAAAAGAAACAGACCAAACAUAAUAUUAUUCUUUAUUUGCUCCCAUUGCGUCUAUGUUCUCAGAGAACCUACGAUUCCUUUUUACAGCGAUCUUCUUAGAUGAUCAAGUAAUUACAAACAAAACAAAAUCUGAAGGAAGAAAACAAGCUCCAUCGGGGAAAUACUGCUUCUUUGUUUUCUCAGUGUGAAUAUGAAAUAGAAAAGGCCGAAGGGGAUGUGGUCGUAUUGUGAAUGAGUCAGGUGCUGUGAGGGUCUAUUUUGAUACAGAGCCUUUGUGAAUCUAGGGUGUCGUAAAGGAAACAAGCUUAAUGAGAAUGAAAUACCUCUCCUAUAGAAAUAUAUUGAACCAAAUUAUAGACAAAUAUUUUUCUAGCUCCUCCCCUAUAAUGCCAGAAUAUUGUUAAAUGUUUGACCUACAAAUAUAUGUGCCAAGGAAAAAGUUGUAUCCAGGUUAAGUGGCAAAGUUUUGAAUAUAAACAUUUCAUGCAGCAUUUCAGUGUGAGUAAACAUAUUACAGAGAAACAUUUUGUCUUGUGCAAUAAUUUUAUAGUUUAGUUUGGUAUAUUACUGGAAUGCUAAUUAUUGUGGGUAUUUACUGUUGCAUGGUGUGAAUUCCACAUGUUAUUAAAGGCAACGUUUCAUCACAGGAUCGUGGUUUUCAACCUGCAGGACAUGAAAAAAACAUAUAUUCAAAAUUAACUAAUAAACACAACGUGUGCCAAACUAAACUUUCACACUCCUCAAAACUGAUCUGAUACAUUAUUUUAUUUAUUUCAACACCAUGUAAAUAUGAAAACAUAAACACUAAUUUUUUGUAUAGAUGGCAGUAUAUGUAAAAUAUGGUCGUUCUGUUGUUGAUCUGCAGUUAAAGUGACAGCUGCUUCGCCUCCUGCAUCACAUUGAGAAUGUGAUCUUUUUGCAUAAUGUGAAAUUACAUAUAUGUAAAGUAUUCAGAUGGUGUCAGACAUGAGAUGUCAAUAUCUGUGUAUUUUUAAAAUCAGAGUCAUUUUCAUGAUGUUAAAUGUGUAAUGGGAUCUGUAAAGUCAAAGAAAUAAAGUCUAAUGGGAUUUGAUAAACAA